AUGCCUUCACGAGACGAGGAUCUAGCGGAUGAGCCUCCCUCCGCGAUUAAUCCCUAUGAGGUCUUGGGGGUAGAUGAAAAGGCCACUGCAGACGAAAUCAAAACUGCCUAUCGGAAGAAAGCGUUGAAACACCACCCAGACAAGGCACCACCAGACGCCAAAGAUGAGGCGAACCAGAAAUUCCAGGAGAUCGCGUUCGCGUACGCGAUUCUGUCGGACGAGCGACGACGGCGACGCUACGACCUGACGGGGAGCACGUCCGAGACGCUGGACCUGGAAGACGACGACUUCAACUGGAUGGAGUUCUACCGGGAGCAGUUCUCGAGCAUGGUGGACCGCAGCGCGAUUGAGAAGAUCAAGAAGGAGUACCAGGGCUCGGACGAGGAGCGGCGCGAUCUGCUCGCUGCGUUCGAGAAGUACAAGGGGGACAUGGACAAGGUCUACGAGGUGGUCAUGCUCAGCAACGUGCUGGAUGACGACGAGCGGUUUCGCGCCAUCAUCAACAAGGCCAUCGCCGAUGGCGAGGUGAAGGGCUGGAAAAACUACACGGAAGAACCGGAAGCCAAGCGACAACGGAGGCUGAAACGGGCUCAGGAGGAGGCAAAGGAGGCCGAGGAGUUGGCCAAGGAGCUCGACAAGGAAGAGAAGGGCCCCGGCGCAAAAGGCAGAAAGAAGAAGGCCGCCGCCAAAGCGGACGACAAUGAACUGGCGGCGCUGAUCCAGCAGCGACAAAAGGCCCGAGCAGCCAAUUUCUUUGACGAACUGGAAGCCAAGUACGCGCAGCCCAAGAAGGGUAAAAAGCGAGCACCUCCGGAAGAGCCCCCCGAGGAGGCCUUCGAGGCUGUCGCUGCUCGGAAGACGGCCAACAAGGAAAAAGACAGUAAGAGCGCCGGACGCAAGUCGAAGCGGACAAAAUCCUAG